GUGACGUCGUUUCCCGUCGCCGUGGUGGGCAGCAGCGAUGGCAGCUCUUGGGGACUGCGAGUUCCUGGUGAGGAGGGCUCGGGAGCUGGUGCUGGAAGAUACGUGCGCAGCCCGAGCCUGGCUCAUCACUGCCCGCACCCUGUACCCGCAGGACUUCAAUAUCCAGUAUGAGAUGUACAGCAUUGAAAGGAAUGCCGAACGCACUGCGUCAGCCGGGAGACUGUUAUAUGACAUGUUUGUGAAUUUCCCAGACCAGCCAGUAGUGUGGAGAGAAAUUGGUGUAAUUACAGCCGCUCUCCGCAAUGAUUCUCAGGACAAGCAGACACAAUUUUUAAGAGGUCUUUUUGAAGCCCUUCCUGGACGAGUGCAAUGUGAGAUGUUAUUGAAAGCUACUGAACAGUGUUUUAAUACUCUUGAACGUGCAGAGAUGCUUCUUCUUCUAUUGAGACGCUUCCCAGAAACAGUGGUGCAACAUGGGGUUAGCUUGGGUGAAACGUUACUAGAAGCUGAGAGUAUUGAAGAUCAGGAGUCGCCAGUAAACUGUUUCAGAAAGUUGUUUGUUUGUGAUGUUCUUCCUCUCAUUAUUAAUAACUUGGACGUUCGAUUGCCUGCCAGUCUGCUCUAUAAGUAUCUCAACAAAGCUGCCGAAUUCUAUAUUAACUAUGUCACACGUUCGCCACAGAUAGACAACCAGCAUCAAGUCACACAGGAAGCAUCUGACCUUUUAUCACCUACAAAACGUAACUCCCAGAAAUACAUAAUUGAAGGCCUGACUGAGAAAUCUUCCCAGAUAUUAGACCCUUGGGAAAGACUGUUUAAGAUCCUGUCUGUAGUUGGAAUGAGGUGUGAAUGGCAGAUGGAUAAGGGAACAAGGAAUUUCAGCGACUUGUUUCACCGUGUGAAAGAACUGUGCAGGUACAUCAGCAAUUUUGAUAAUGAAGCCCAUGCAAAGUACAAAAGUCAGGUCGUCUAUUCCACAACCCUUGUUUUUUUCAAGAAUGUCUUCCAGUACAUCAGCAGCAUUCAGCCGUCACUCUUCCAAGGCCCAAACGCUUCAACCCAAGUGCCUAUGGUUCUCCUGGAUGAUCUCUCCAAUGUCUACAGUGACGUUGAGCUUAAUCCUGCUAAACAUGUUCACAAAAGAAGAAAACUUGCAGAGAGCAGAGAGAAAACUAUGAGCUCAGAUGAUGAAGAUCUUAGUGGCAAAGGGCGAAAUCGUCAUGUUGUGGUUCACAAGAAUGACCUUUCUAACCCCAAUGAAGUGUUAGAAUGCUUUAAGAUGGCUAGGGAAUGUUGGGACCUGCUGCAUUCCUCUGAGGCUCUUGACAAAGAAUUCUCCAGGAUUUGCUUACCGUGGAAGACUGACACCUGGCUGUGGUUAAGGAUUUUCCUUACUGAUAUGGUGAUAUACCAGGGACAGCAUAAGAAAGGAAUUACCAGCCUACACCACAUGGCAGCUCUGCAAGGCCCUCACUCUCCUACACAACAGAUCAUUGGGCAAGGAACUCUGGAGCAGCAGCGAGCCCUGAUUCAACUUGCAUCCUGUCACUUUUCCCUUGGAGAGUAUAGGCUGACAUGUGAAAAAGUCCUGGAAAUAAUCAAUUUCAUAGUGCCCCCAGCACAAGAGAUCUCCAAGAGCCGAGAAGAACUACCAAAAGUAAAACCUAAAUUCAGAAAAGGAUCUGAUCUAAAACUUUUACCUUGUACAAGUAAAUCUAUUAUGCCUUAUUGUCUUCAACUGAUGUUAGCAUGUUUAAAGCUCAGAGCCUUCGCUGACACUCGGGAUGACAUUGCUUUAGGGCAUGUCAUUGUGUUACUUCAGCACGACUGGCCGAAAGGAGAAAACCUGUUCCUGAAAGCAAUUGGCAAGAUUUGUCAGCAGGGCAACUUCCAAUAUGAAAACUUUUUCAACUACAUUACAAACAUUGAUAUGUUAGAAGAAUUUGCCUACCUAAGGACACAGGAAGGGGGUAAGAUUCACCUAGAGUUAAUCCCCAAUCAAGGAGUUCUACUCAAGGCGUCUAGCAGUACCCUGGGGUUGCUGCAGCAGGAAUUCAUACCUGUCCUACAACCCAGCAUAGCAGCCGCUGACAGACAUCACACUGUAACGCGAGGCAUUACGAAGGGGGUAAAGGAAGAUUUCAGACUUGCCAUGGAGCGGCAAGUGUCUCGCUGUGCUGAAAAUCUGAUGGUCGUACUGCAUCGCUUUUGUCUAAAUGAAAAGAUUUUACUAUUACAGUGCCUCACUUAAUCUCAAGAAGGAGAAUGUUCCUUGUUGUAACUGUUGAAUUUAAAUAGUGUUCAUGGGUUUAUGUUCUUGAUUGGUUCUGUUACUGUGUAAGGUAUGUAUUUACCAUGUUCCACAGGCCUGUAAAUAGAUUCUACAUAUGUCAUAACAACGCUUUGACCAGCUUAUUUGAAUAUAACUGAUCUGUUUAAGAAUAAUUAGGUUUUUCUACCUAACCCAUGUAACGCUGCUGUAAAUAGCAAAUAUUUCUGCUUAAAUGUAAUUGUGUCUGUAAAUAUUCCGUUUUGCAUUUAAACCGUAACUAAUCGUGUCUUUGUAAGUCAUAAAGAUUCUACUUGCUGUGUUAACCAAGUUGCACAGAUGAGUAAGAAAGGUUGGUAUAUUAUGUUGGUGUUACCUUGUUUGCCAAUGAAGUGCCAUAAUGUAUCAUUUUCCUGUGUCCUGAAAAACGAAAAUGUAUUAAAGAAAAAAAA